AGAUUCUUCGUAGAUUUGAACAAAAAAAUCGCACUAUACACUCGCCUUACAUCACACCCGUAUAUAAUGAAGUCAUUGCUCGUUCUCGUCAUCUCUUUACUGGCAACCGCGGCUGCGCAGAAACUGUUUUUCGCCAAAUGUCCCAGUCAGGCGGUCGUCCCGAAUUUGGACGUCAAAAAGUACCUCGGCUUGUGGUACGAGAACCGCAAGUACAAGACCAUCUUCCAGCUGGGCGGCCGCUGCACCACAGCAACCUACACCGACGCCGGUAACGGCAUCAUCGGCGUCCGCAACGACCAAAAGAUAACAGUGAUCCCCGUGAGUGUUGUAGGGCAAGCAAAAUUUGCAGACCCAACCAAAACUGAAGCGAAAUUAACCGUGUCAUUCACCUCUGCAACUCCUUUCGCUAACGACACAAGCAGCGUGACCGCAAGCAACUACUGGGUCCUCGACACGGACUAUGACAACUAUGCCAUCGUCUGGAGUUGCCAGGCCGCCAUCAUUGCCAAUAUCCAAUUCCUAUGGGUUUUGACCCGGCAGCGCUCGCCCCCUGAAGCCAUCAUCACGAAGGUGCUCGGCGUGAUAACGGACCGCGGGCUGGACACCAGCAAGCUGGACGUCAGCAAACAAGAUCUCUGCUUCUGAGGACGCGGGUCACGAGGAUGCAUUUUACGGAUUAAAAUACAUCCAUAGGUGUAAUUACAUCCAUAACUAUGUAUUCAAAAAUUUAUUCGAGGGCAUAGUGCAUUUUUGGAUGCAUUAUGCAUUCUAGAAUCACGUCUUAUAGUCCUGCUGAAGACAUAAGAUAGUUAUGAACAGUAUUUAAGGAACAUAACUAUCACUAUAAUUUCACCUAUCAAUACUAUGACUAGUUUGUGUAUUUUUGAUUUUGUGUGUUCGAUGACUUUUAAAUAAAUUUCACGCAUGA